GCCAACAGUUGACGUUGAUUCCCCUAACCAAAAUAAUCAAAAAUAUGCUGCCUAAAAAUUCCUUCGUGCUUCUCUUCGGAGCUGUACUUUUGGUUGCUAUAGCUGUGAUUAAAGCGCAGCCUGGAGAUCCAGGACCUGCUGGUAUUCGACCAACGUGGCGACCUACGCGCCCAACUUGGAGACCAACACGCCCAACUUGGAGACCAACACGCCCAACUUGGAGACCUACACGCCCAACUUGGAGACCUACGCGCCCAACUUGGAGACCAACAAGAGUUCCCCGUGAUAGCUGGAACAAAGCGAAACCAGAUUGGUGAGCGUCCGGCUAAAUGUGACGAUUAAGGAAAUUUA